CCUGCGGCAAAUAAAUUGCUUCGGAAAGCUUUCUUUGCAAAUCAGGAAGUUAAAUGACCAAGAAAUAACCAACGAAAUUAUCGUUAUGAUCGAGUGAUCAAUGCUGUCACAUUGUGUUUACGGCAUAGCAAAAACUGACAGCAUUCUGGUAUGCUAAUUAAAGUGUCUCUUAUCAACAAGCAGUGUUUUUGAUAGCUUCAAAAAAACGUUUGAAACCCUCCAUCAAUCCAUUAUCAGUUACCAAAAUCCGAUUGUGAACCAUUUCCAGUGUGUCCGUUCAAAUUAGAAUCAAAUCAGAAUGGUACGCGCCUGGUUUAUGGACAACGAACCGACCGAUCAACGUCUGGAACACCAGCUCGAUCCACCGCGAUUCGUAACGCUGGACGAUCUCUUUAAAUGCACGGGAGUGGAAUAUUUUAAGAUUAAUGUUCCGACGUACAACACGGAUGGAGUGCUGGAAAAAAUCCGCCAAGAUCGUGGCUAUUCGUAUGAGGACGAAAUCACUUGUUCUGAGGCAUGUUUGCCCGAUUAUGCGAAUAAAUUGAAAUCUUUUUUCACCGAACACUUGCACACGGACGAAGAGAUUCGGCUGGUUAUGGACGGGUCGGGUUAUUUCGAUGUGCGCAAUGGUCCGGAUGAUGCAUGGAUACGGAUUGAAGUGGUUGCUGGUGAUUUGAUUAUCAUUCCGAGUGGCAUUUACCACCGUUUCACACUGGAUGCAAAGAAUUUCAUUACAGCGAAGCGAUACUUUGUUGGAGAACCGGUCUGGUUACCGUAUAAUCGUCCGGCCGAUGAAAUGGACUGCCGCAAGGAGUAUUUAAACCGACUGGAAACCGGAUUUGCAGCCUAACUUCCGUGUGGGAUAAUAAAACACAUACAUACAGAUUGGCUACAGUAUGACAACACUAUACUCAAGGUUACGAGCCGACAUGCAUCAAAUCGGAAAGCAUCUAAUGCUAUGUUAAUUUUUCAGAAUAAAAUUUUACAUAAAACGGA